AUGUCUCUCCUGGAUCUCGGCGACAGAUUGGGGCCUUCGGGCAGCCUAAUCGGCGCCGGCCUCGUUCUUCUCCUGGCCUACUUCAUCAUCAACCCAGUGUCACUCGAUCGCGAAGAACCACCUUUGGUGCGCCCCAAGGUCCCAUUCAUCGGACACAUUAUAGGCAUUUUCCAACACUCUUGGUACUACCUUACCAUGGUCUACCACAGGUCCAACAAACUCUCAAUAUUCACCCUCCCAAUGCUCAACGGUAAGAUGUACGUCAUUGCAGACCCGGAGCUCACCCAAUCCUUUCUCCGCAACCGCCACCUCAGCUUCGACCCUCAUCUCCGGGACACCAUUCUCGGCCUGGCGUGUAUCCGCCCCGAGACGUUGGUCAUCUGGGAUAACCCGGAUUUCUACAUCCCCUGGGUGAAAAUCAUCUACGACCACAUGGGGGGCAAGUCUCUCCUCCAGCUCAACACGUCUGUUCUCAGACACAUGGCAGCCAGCUUGAACGGGCUAGACGCGGCAGGCUUGCAGGUGGAGGACCUGUACAAAUGGAAUCGCGACAUUCUCACCCUCGCCAGCACGGAUUCCCUGUACGGUGAAAAGAACCCCUUCAGGAGAAACAAGGAACUCAUCGAGGCCUACUGGACAUACGAAAGGGAAAUCCCCAAAAUGAUGCCCAAUAUCCUCCCGUCCCUAAUCGCACCAAAAGGAUACCGUGCCCGAAGCGACCUGAUCCAGGCCUUCACAAACUACUUCAACGCCGGCUACGACGCGUCGCCCGAAGUCCCACCCCUGGUCAAGGACCGGUGCGCAUACGCCUCGAAAUUCCAGAUGCCCCCCUCAGAGAUCGCCGCCAUCGAACUCAUCUUCGCCCACGGCGCCCUGUCCAACACCUUCCCGACGUACUACUGGCUCUUCACGCGCGUGUUCAAUCAGCCCUCCCUCGUCGAGCGUCUCCGCGAGGAAGUAUCCAGCGUGAUCGAAGAGACCGGGACCACGAGCGACGGGCAGCGAAAAGUCACUUUACACGCCGAAAAGUUGGAGGAGAAGUUGCCUUUGUUAAUGUCUUGUUACCGCGAGACCCACCGGCUAUCCGCCGACGGGAUCAUCGCCAGGAAGGUGAUGGCCGAUACGACCAUCUCGGACGGGCAGAAGAGGAGCUACGUCCUCAAGAAGGGUUCCCAUGCUCAGGCUCUGCAGGGUGGUAUGCAAAAGGACAAGGACAUCUGGGGUGAGAACGUGAAGGACUUUGUGGGAGACCGUUUCCUGAAGUUGGCCGAGGAGAAGGGGGAGAUGGUGUCGAGUUACACGGCAAGGGGCUUCUUCGGGUUCGGCGGCGGGAAGCAUAUCUGUCCUGGCCGGUUUUUCGCCGGAGGUGAGAUUCUCGGGUCGAUGAUCUUGCUACUUUCGAGUUUCGAUGUUACAACACCGGAAGGAGGCGCGAUUCCGGUCCCGGGGGCGACCAAGAUUCCCGUCACUGGGUCCAUGGGCAAGCCGGUGCCUGGUAGUGACUUGAGGGGGAGGAUCACAAGACGACCAGGUUGGGAGAACGUGCAAUGGGAGAUUGCCCCGUGA